AUUGAAAUAAACUCAAAAGCUACGCAAAACUUAACUACUAAACACUUAAAAAUUUUAGUACAGCAGACAAUGUGUAAAUAUUACGGCUAUAAGUAUGGAUACACCGUUGCACCAGCUGAAAAUAUUGGUUGAUGAAAUUGUUCGAUCGGUUUGUUUGCUGCUUUAAAUUUACUCUCGUUCGCAAGUUUUUAUAGUACAGUUUUCAAUUUCAUUUCAACCGCGGUGCACGUUGUUUUUUGUUUCCAUCAUAGUACUAAAAUUCAAAUACAAUGGGCGUAGAAUCCUUACAACAACCGACAUAUGUUCUCGAGCCACAGCCAAUUCGGUGGACAAGAAGUUGCUUGAAAAAAUUGAAUAUAGAUGUAAGUACCUUUGAUUACAUAUGCCAGUUUCUCGGCGAGUUUAUCGGCACCGCAAUGUUGGUAUUUCUCGGCUGUAUGGGAUGCUCCUAUAAUGCCAGCUUCGAACACAGCGUAUUUCAGUCGGCAUUUACCGUUGGCUUAGUAGUGAUGGUUAUCGUACAUUGUUUCGGUUGCAUUUGUGGAGCACAUUUGAAUCCCGCCAUCACAUUGGCCGUUUACAUUUACGAUAUGAUCUCACUAACAAUGGCGGGCGUUUACUUUCUGGGACAACUUCUUGGUGCUUUUAUCGGUUACGCUCUUAUGAUGGCACUAAUACCAGACAGUGCCGUGAAGUUGGGCGGUGCCGCGCAUGGCGUCUGCGUUGCUACACCACAUCCACAAAUUACAAUAAUGCAAGGAUUUUGGAUUGAAUUCAUUCUCACUGCGAUGCUGAUAUUCACAACCUGUAGUGCAGCCGAUUCACGAAACAUUACAUUUCAAGACUCAUUGCCGAUUCGCUUCGGCUUAACCGUUACCUGCCUUAGUCUCGCGGGGGGUCAAUACACUGGUGCUAUGCUGAACCCUGUCAAAGCUGUUGCCUCAGCUGUCUGGACUUCUGAUUACCAGGAUCAUUGGGUAUACUGGGCAGCGCCAAUGCUCAGUGCAGCGUUUAGCGCCACGUUUUACAAAGUGAUUUUCAAGCGGGAUAUGGUGGAGCGGGAGUUGAACGAAAAGAGAUGACUACGAGUAUAAUCAUAUAGAAUUAGCAUCUGAUUAAACACAUCUCUCGAAAAAGUUAAAGUGUGGAAUAAAAUAGUGAAAUAAUGGUAGCGAUAUAUUCGGAGCAGACCUGCAUAUCGGUGCAUACUACAUACAUACAAGCCUGCAUCUGCGCGUGUCAUUCAAGCAAUGCCUUCACACACAAUUUAAAGUAGUAGAAGAAAUGAUCUUCAAUGUGUCAAAUAGUAAUCAUAUGUCAAAUGUACAUAUAUAUUUUUUCACUUUCUCAUCAAACAAUUCGCUUCAUAAAUUCUAUAUUCUUUUAUUGUUCAUUAUCUCGAUGUAAUAAAAACCUACAAGUUUUUUGUAUAACUUGAUUUUUUGCAAAGUGUAUUCCUCGUCCAUCAAAUGAAGUUCAACAAGCUUUUCUUCGUACAAAUUUUUGGUGAAUUCUGUGCCGCUUCGAUGUGGAUGCAGUUACAUUGUUAUGGCUUUGAUCCGUUAGUAGCCGAAGGUGGCGUAAUGUCGUAUGGUCUCUGUGACGGCUGCGCAUUGAUGAUAAUCAUACAGACAUUCGGUUGUGUAUCUGGCGCCUACAUGAAUCCAUGUUUAACAGUUGCCGGCGUCAUUAUGGGACAACUGAAGUGGGAUUUGGCCAUUUUUUAUGUGAUUAUGCAAUACUUAGGUACGAUGCUCGGUUUGGUACUGGCUUAUUACACAACACCGGCAAUGACGAGAUCAGAUCUCUAUUGUGUAACUGAUUUGUCACCACAGACCUCUAUUCUCGGUGGUUGCUUUUUAGAAUUCCUCAUGACUUCAGCGUGGGUGUUGGCCCAGUGCACCUGUUGGGAUAAGCGCGCUCAAGGCAUUCAGGAAUCCAUAUCAUUACGUAUGGGCGCGGUAAUGAUUUCACUUGUACUUUGCGCGGGUUACAUGAGCGGUUUAAGCAUGAACUCAGCCAAGAGCUUAGCUGGUGCUCUAUUCAAUUGGUAUUGGUCAAAUAAUUGGAUAUAUCAUGUAACAACGUUUCCGGCCGCUAUUUUGAUGGCACUCGUUCAUAAAUUUCUACUUAACGAAGGUUCGAAAUCUGCCGAAGAGUAAACAACUCUGAUAUUUAAAUUAUUGCCGUAUGAACUCAGCAUUUUUGUUUUUUGAAUAUCGAGUGGGAAAUUUAUCAGUUUAUUUGUUUAUUUUUUCGUGACUGUCAACAACAUUCGAACGGUCAAAUAUAUACUAUUAUAAAUUUUUAUUAAUAUAGAUAUUUUCACUUCAAAUUUGGUGUAUUAUACUCGGUGAAAGCAUAUCUUAAAAUGAAAUUCGAUAGGCAUUUGUUGAUGGUGUGUGUCAGCGAAUUCACCGGCACUGCGAUUCUCAUGUGUGUCGGCUGUGCAUCUAUGGUGGGUAUUACAUUACCAUUUUAUGAACGAAACUUGCCAAUGAUCGGAAUUGGCUUUGGACUGGCCGUGCACAUUUCCGUGCAUACAUUCGGCACAAUUUCCGGCUCGCACAUCAAUCCGAGCGUUACCAUAGCGGCCGUUAUGCUUGGCAAUAUGGAAUGGCAAUUGGCUUGCUUUUAUGUAUUUAGUCAGUUUCUAGGCGGAUUCACCGGUUAUGCACUGCUAUUCGUUUCCCUAACGACAUAUGUACGAACCGAAAGUUUUUGCACCACAAAGCCAGCACUUGGUAUCGAAAUAUGGCAAUCGAUCUUGAUUGAGUUUUUCUUAACAUCCAUACUUGUGUAUUUUUGUUGUGGCGUCUGGGAUAAACGCAAUCUGCAGGUUCAUGAUACAUUACCUCUACGUUUUGGCUUCUUAAUUGCCGGUCUUUUAUUUGCGGCGGCACCUUAUACCGGCGCCAGCAUGAACUUGGCACGCUCCUUACCACCGGCCAUAUUUACAAAUAUUUGGACGGCAUUUUGGAUAUACCCCGUUGCACAUGUGCCAGCUUCAAUUUUAGUACCGUUAGCUUGGAAAUAUCUGCAUACAGCCGGUUCUUCCGAAACGGGUGGCGCUGAAGGAGAGGCAUAAAUAUUAAAGAAAGUAAAUUCUGUCGGUGCAGAACUUACUACGGUUUGAGACUAUUGUAAAAUUUUUAAUAACAGAUAAGAUUUGGCCAAUCCAACAAAGUCUU